AUGGUAACCAUUGGCCGGCAGCAGAAGCAUGACUUUCUGGGGAAGGCCGUUGCCUUCAGUGUCUUCUCCACGAAGCAAGACCCCUUAAGGGCCUGGCGCGAUACCCGUCUUGUUUGCGGCUACGUUCCCAGCAUUGCCCACUGCACCUGGCAUUUAAUCAGCUUAGCACACAAAGUAGCUGGUGAAUGUUCACCACUACAUUUAACUCUUUUCUCCAUAGAGCAUCUUGGAAGAUGGUUUUCUGUUUUGGACAGUCAUAUUGUAUUUCCUAACCAAUUUUUUUCCCCCCUCCUAGAUCUCAUCACCUGUAAAAGCACACUUCAGUAUGGAAUCGUGAAUGGGAAUGUUACUUUGUCACCAUCAAGCACUGUAGAUUUUACAGAGAUAAUAUGGAAAAAAGGACAGGAUAAAAUCGCAGAAUGGAGUCGUGUGCUCACUAAGGUCAAACGUUAUGGACCUUUAGCAGAGAAUGUUGAUUUGGACCCUAAGUCAGGUAACCUUGUCAUCUCCAAUUUAACAUCAUUGGCCGAAGGUGAAUUUGAAAUUGAAUCCGUGGAUCUUAAAAAGGGCCUGAAAUUUCGUCUUAUCGUCCUUGACCCUCUUCCGUUUCCAACACUAAACUGCACAUUGACUAAUGAAAGCAUUGACAUCCAUUGUGAGGUUCCUGACAGCUACAACAGGCAUCGGGAUCUAUUGACCUACUGGUGGUAUUGCCCUUCUGCACCGUGCAAUAAAAGCUCAAUGCCAGGAGCCUCUUCCCCUGGCAUAUCGACUGUGUUACAGUUUAAGAAGAGUGAUGAUCUCUCACAGGAAGUAUACUGUUAUGUUAAAAAUCUAGUAUUUGUCAGAACAUCAUCAGUAGUUCUGUCAACCUGUGUCGUACGUGAUAAUUCACGGACUAGAUAUGUAAUUCUAGCUGCACCAGUCGUGUGCAUUGUAACAGGUCUUAUAAUAUUUGCCAGUAAAAGAGGAAGAGCCAGCUCCACUUGAUGGAAUGAAAUCCUUAGUCACUAAUUUAAAAUAGCUUGAAAGCUAUUACGGCAUCUUUGGGAAGACAUGAAGUUACCUCGAAUAUUUCAUCACAAGGUGUUUAUUUUUUUAAGAAGAAACAGGGACAAACAUUUUUUACCUUGGGCCCUGUAUUUCAUGAGGACCUAGUCCUCGUAUGCUGUGCACCGGGAAGGUGGCUUUUGUAAAUAAGUAUACAUAUGUACAGAAACAACUAGGUGGCUUCGCUCUUCUUUUCCUGUAAGUUAAAAAAAAAAAAAAAGGUCACGUCCCUCAGGAGGUAAAGGCAAACGCUGAAAUCUAUACUCCACGUCUCUUGUUUCAGAGGAAAAAUAAUUCCUUGCAGGCUCGGUAGUGCAGCGGAGGAAAUGAGCUCCCCGCUGCUGGGAGGCGAGGUCACGGGCCGUCCGUUUCCCUCGCAGAGACCACGUCCCCACCGCCCCAUCCGAAUGCAGGUGUGGGACCUGGGCGGGACAGGGAGGGUCCUGCCCUGAAGAUCUUUGACCCACGUAGCGUAUUGUGUUCGCUGUCACGCUGACCGGUGAACAGCAGAGAACUCUCAAAAACCACGUGCUCGCUUGUAAGUGCAAGAGAAGGAAGUGGGCGGCCCCACUGCCCCCUGGCAGCCAUGGCAGAAACCCCAGGACCCGCGGCGGGGCCUGGAAUGCGGUCAGGAGGGAGCGCGGCCGAAAGGGGCUGAAGCUUUAUGGAGAGACGCUGGUUAAUAAAAUAGAGGCUCCAGGCGUGCGAUUCCCUAA